CAGAAACGCCUCCUCCGUGUUGAUGCAGACUUUUGUGACUCCGGCGAGAAGUCUCGUGUUAAUUUGCUGAGCGCUACGGGAUAUUUAAUUACAGAAUGGAUAAAACCAUCUGUCUACCACAACAACCCAACAAAACCACCACGGUAACUUUGGUGGAGACCAGCAGUAACCCGAGUGGAAUGGCACUGGUGAGCCCCUACCAGACUAACCGGGUUGGGGAUCCCAUGGAUCUAGUUGCUCUGGCACAGCAAGUACAGAAGGGAGAUGACUUUAUUAGAGCCAAUGCUUGCAACAAACUUACAGUGAUUGCUGACCAGAUAAGAUACCUUCAGGAGCAAGCAAGAAAGGUUUUAGAAGAUGCCAAGAAAGAUGCUGAGCUUCACCACGCUGCCUGCAAUGUUGUGAAGAAACCAGGAAAGAUGUAUUAUCUUUACAUGCGUGAAUCCGGACAGCGGUACUUCUCCAUUCUGUCUCCACAGGAAUGGGGUCCUAGUUGCCCUCACAAGUUCCUUGGCGCAUACAAGCUCCAACAUGACAUGUCUUGGACACCACAAGAGGAGGUUGAAAAGCGGGAUGCUGAAAUUGGCAUCAUGGAUAAACUGUUGAACAGACAAACUGCUCUACCAGCCUGUACUGAGCCCAACUUUGAAAUCAGUCUUUCACAGUGAAAGGGCACAGCUCACUCACAGACUGUCUUAUCUGGUCAUGGAAGCCACAUCGUCUUAAAAUAUACUAAUUGUUUGUUAAUAGAAAUUGUUUGGCAAAUUAAAAUCUUUAGUUUUGCAUACUGAAAACUGCCUUGUCACUACUACUGGACCUGUAAAUCUGUCAUUCAG